CCCCCCCCCCCUCCAUCCCCUGCACAUCUCUCUCUCUCUCUCUCGCUCUCUUUUGCAGGACCAGAGCAACCACGGGCCGCCAAUCUGCCACCAGGUUUGGUUUGGCUGUUCCAGAACACAGUGCGUGUGACUGUGGAGGGCCGCCAUGAGGGACUACUCGACCCAUACAAGGCAUGAAGGCUCCUGUAUGGCCUGCUGCCAAGUUUGUGUCUUCUUCUUCACUGCAGUCCUCAUCGUCGCAGAGAGGGCGGCGCUGAUCUAUUGUUUUGUAUACUAUCUCUGGGUGGGUCACAACUACUGCUACGCCCAUCUGGCUGGCUUCACUGCACUUUUCCUUCUACCAGGUUGGGUUCCACAGUGGCUCAGCUACCUGUGGUACCUCUCAGAUGGACGAAUCCGCAGAAAGUCUCUCACCUGGACUCACAUACUGCACUUGGGUAUCUUCAAAAGGUUGUGGGAGUGCAUGCGUCUUUCAGACAUGGACGUGUACGGAGAGAUCAUGCAGCAGGCUGACGUGUCCGCCUUACGCUUUCUGGAGGCCUUGGUGGUCACCCUCCCCGAAACACUGCUACACACAUACGUGCUCAUCUGCACUGAUAUAGGCAUCAAAUCUCCAGCGUCAGUGUGUUUUGCGGUGUGUUUGUUAUCUCUGGCCUGGGCGUUGGUCCUGUACGCUCGAGCAUGUCACCUCAUCAGACCAGGACACCUGCAAAUGACCCCUGCAUCCAUCUUCUGUCGGCUCCUAUGGAGGGUCAGUAUGUUGGGCUCACGAUUCGGCGUCCUCAUGCUUUUCACGCGAGUCUUCAAACAGUGGGUUCUUGGUGUUAUAGGUGUGCACUGGCUGGGGGCAACAUUUUGGAUGGUUUCUCAGCAGACUGACAUCAUACGUUCAACUAGUCGGUGGAGACUCUUCAAUCUGGUCCUUGGAGCCAUCCACAUUUUCUUCUUCCUCAACGUGAAGUACGGGCCAUCACGAUUCCGCAUGGCUGGCUUCUAUCUGGUAAUGUUUUUAGAGAACAUUUUCCUCCUGCUGGCCUCGUCCUGGUUGUUCAGCAUGGUGUCAUGGGAUACGGUGGCCAUCCCGGCUGCGGUCCUCUGCAGCUUCCUUAUCGGUGUGAUAUCGUUGGUGCUGUACUAUCGCUUCCUUCAUCCCAAAUCCUUUGAGAUCUUCCAGAGUAUUCGCCGCAGGGGGAUCAGCGGCGCCUGCAUGGAGAGUGGAUCCAUACUCUCGUUGGAAGAGAAAGUCACGCCUACUUUCCAUCGCCAUGCAACACUGUCUGGAGGUGGCACCCUUAUGGACCUCCCGCUCCAGUGGGAGGGCUGGAGGCAUCAUCACUGGCUGCUGAUUCGUUUGGCUCUAAAGACAGGAGACGUGCCCAAGAUCUGGUCGUUCUACGGAGAAGGCGGUCUUGCUGGACUCAUGGGUCUGUGUGAAGAGAUUCACUAUGGCAAUGAACCUCGUCGUGUACCUCAGGCUACACGUGUCCCACCGCAGGUUCCUCAGGUCCUACAACCAGCUCCUCAGCCACCCCCACCUCAGGUGACCCCAGCUGCUCAGGAGAGAGAGGUGGCACCACCACCAAAGCCAGCUCUGACCAAUGUCAUAGCCAGACCUGUGAGAAAAGCUCCUCCCACAACGAUCCACGAUAUUAGAAUGGUUCCAGAGAUCAUCCCGGUGCAUGAGGCCAUUCUUGAAGAGAUCACAGACGAUUUUAGUCCUCCGCGGACAGAGGACAGAGGUGAUGACGAAUUUCAGAGCGCGAUUUACGGCUCACCUUCACUUUCAUCCCCUGCCCAACCGGGAAGCCUGCGCCACGUUGACAGUAAUGCCGCCACCCUGACCGAGAAGUCGUCCUCCGCAGCUUCUUUGGACAUCAAGACCCCUGGCUGGUCACCUGAACGUCACUCCCCUCUCCUGAUCAGCUCCCCAGAGAAAAAAGGCACACCGUUAGAUCCUAACACCACCUCGUAUUUCAGCAUCGAUGCACCCUCUCCCUCCACUGGCAGCUACCUAGGCUGGGGGUCUGAGCUGUCACCCAUGUCCAUCUACAGAAGCCCCUACCGCAUCAGAGAGGCUCGUUUUGUCACCCCACGUCCGGAAUCCCGAGCUGGGGCAGAGAGUCCAAGUCUGGCCCCGGUUGUUAUUAUCCCUGCUACGCCCGGUACGACCCCACGUGCGACCCCUAGUGGGACCCCUGGUUCCAUUACCCCUGCCGCCUCCACCCCCACCGCUUCCACACCUGCUGCAUCCACUCCCGGUGCUGCAACCCCUGCUAGUGCCACUACACCCAGCACUCCGAUAGUCCCACUCACCCCGGUCAUCUCCCAUGCUCGAAAACAGAUGGUUCAGUUUGUGGACAGCAGAGAGAGGGCCGUGUAAGAAGGAUGAAAUCAACAGUGGUCACUAACCAAAAAAACAACGUGCAAAGGCAAAGGAUGUAUCCAAAAUCCCAGUAUUUUGGUCACUUUUAAUCUAUCUAAUUUCUAAAUGGAGGUUAUGGUCAAAAUGUUAGGAAAAGUUCUCGCCAAGAUUCUGUGCAGGUGUGCACCACUGUAAUAAUAAUAUGGGUUCAAUAGGAAAUAUCAAAAUUAACAUCAUUAUUAUGAUUCACUGACACAACUCUGGGCCCGUGGAGUUGUUAAAUUCGGCCCACUGAGCAUUUACAUGAUCAAAAAUCCUAUAAUUGUUGGAUGACUAGUAAUUCAGCUGUGAAAUCCAUUUUAUAUUCAAUCCUCUCAUUAAAUAAUUGGUAAAGCGAUUUAAUCAUUUGACAUGUACAUUGAACAUGUUAAAUAGUUGGUUAGUUCAUAAUAAUUUAAUUAUAAAUAAUGAAAAAAUAAAAAUCAAAUAACAUUGGUCAACAGCAAAUUUUAUCCGUAAAAGUAUAGCAGAUCACUUUUUGACAUUUUUCAUUUUGUUGUUAAGUUUGAAGAAUACGCGAUAGGAAGCAUGUCUUCCCGCUGGCCAUUGGUGGGAGUGAUGAAACUUUCCCAAUGACUAAAAGGCUAUAAAUGAAAUAAACAACCUUACUGUAACAAAACAAACAAAUGUUUUCCCCAUAAAAAAAUAGUAAGAGGAAGAUCUCGAUCAUGAUAAUAGUGUAUUUACAUUUUUACAAUAACCUUACAAAAAAACUAAUUAGCAUUAAGAUGAUAUUUUAGAAGGUUUGUUUUUUCAAACGAAGGAAUCAGUUUACAUUAAAUGCUGCCUUCCAGGGUACAGCUACUUUUCUAAACCACUUGGGUUCUUGUGAAUUCUUACUUUUACAAAGCAAUACAAACACACUGCUGUUUAUUCAUUUAGAAAAACAAUAAUUCAUAGGUUCACUUUCAAGGAUUUAAAUCUUAAAUUUUAACUUUUAAUUGUUACAGUUUAUUCGUCACCAGAGUAGCGGUUGCAGUAUUCUGUGUAACAGGAGGGUUUUCAAAGUGGAGGACACUGAGCCUCCCGUCAGAGAACAUAAAAAUUGUUGGGGUCUUGUUUCCUAAUGUUUGUCUUUUCCCAGAACUUCUCUUUAUCCGGAAACUAAAAAUGUAUCCAGUUCGCACUUUCAACAUGUACAGUAGCUGACAUUAACACUAACACAUUUUUUUAUUUAAAGUUGUGUGUCAGAACACUCAAUAACACCGUACAUGAAAUAAAACGAGCGCGUGGAGAAAAAAAAUGCUAAAACUCAACAAACUCACAGUAAAAUGAGUUUUAAAAAAUUACAGCAGUUGGCUUAGCAGUGCUUAGAAUGUUUUCUUUACUGCAGGUGCGCCUGCCACAUUGAAAACACUUGCUGGCUUGGCGCAUUUCGUUGGGAUCGUGUGAUAAAGGAGAUUUAGCAGAACAGAGCAGAUGUGAGUUGUGGCGGUAAUGUUGCAUAUUACGAAAGCUAUUUAUUCAAAUAAUUUGCUCUGUUCUGCUCAUAUUUACACUGAAAGAGGUCAUAGGUGAACUACUGUUUCGAGGACAUACACUGAAAGUUACGCGUAAUUAUGAAUAAUAUCUGCAUGAGGAUCACGUGCAUCUGCUGCACACACUGUAGAAGACAUUGCACAUGCUUGGAUGUGAACAUCAAAGCAAUAAAGCAGCUAAUGACAUGUAUCUUCGUGCACUAAAGGAAAAUAUUUAGACUGCACAACUAUCGUUAUGAAUUGGAGCUUCUUUGUGUGAGUGUGUCUUUGCAUUACCGCCUAGUAGCACAGAAUGCAUUACUUUAAAUUCAUAUCCUUUUUUGGGGGGGGUCUUGGAUUUUUGGACACAUUUGAGACAUGUUGAUACAUGUUUCAGUAGGCUGAUGUUUUUGUCUUUUAUCGCCAUCUAUGGACACCCAUCACGUUAUCUCAACUGAGAUUUCCACUGCUGCUGUGGUUGACGGUGCCGAGACUCUUAACUGUGCUAUUGAUGUGACAAAAUAAAAGUCAUUAACCCUGAUGAAAAA